CAACAUGCCCCCUAUAAUUGAAGACGACCUAGACGACCUCGAUGACAUACUAGACGAUUUUGUUGCACCUCCCGCACCCACCGCUCCCUCAAACCCCCCAACCACCCAUCUCCCACCUUCCCGUCCCGCUCCCCCUCCUCCCCAUGCCCCAGCUCCAGCUCCAGGUACACUAGGAGAAGACCUGACCCAACUGCUCGCUGCCCUUGAUGUCGGUUCUGAGCCUCUUACGCCUGAGGAACAGCAGGAGAUGGACAGGCUUAUGACUCUUUUUUCCGGUUCGGGAAAUCAAGCACAGAUCGAAACCCAGAAAACACUACAAGGACUCAUGUCGAUGCUUCACUCCCUCCCUACAGAGACGCUCGAGCGCCUGCAGUCGGGUGAUAUCGACCAGCUAGAGGGGGUCGACUUGGGUGGAGUGGAUAUGAGUUGGCUGGGGUUGGAAGGAGAGGAGGAGGGGUUGGGAGUGGGGGAUGGAGUGGGGUUAUCUGGGCCUUCGGGGAGUGCUAGCAGGACAGUGCAGAAUGGGGAAACACACGAGAGGGAGACGACAGAGAUAGGGAAGGAGAUCAAGCAGGAUCUGUCGACGAGGGGUGACGGCGUCAUUUCUGUAGCGAGUAGGACGGCUGAUGCUUGUCCUGCUCCUUUGGCUGGCUUUGCGCCGCCUACGACGGCUGCCGCUAUCGCACCGACUACGACCACGACAACACCCGCUGCUCAAGCUGUCGAAACACCAGCUGCUACAACCUCCGCUCCGCCCUCCCAAGCCCAAACCGCAACAGCACCAGCACCAGCACCCUCCGCACCCUCCCCUGCCCCCUGCCCCCGCCCCCGCCCCUACCCCUGCCCUCCCCGCCCCCCAGCCCCAUUCCCAGCUCCAGCUCCAAGUGCAUCCUACCAAUCCGCCCUAGAAGCAUCUCUCUCCCGGCUGCAGUCUUCCGAAGCGGCCGCUUCUGCUUCUGCUUCUGCUUCUGGCCCAGGAGGAGGGGAGCUCGCUGCGCUUAUGGCGCAGUUUGGAGGGCUGGGAUUGGAGGGAUUGGACGGGCUUGGGGGACUGGGACUUGGGGGACUUGGUGCGAUGGAGGGACUUGGUGCGAUGGAGGGACUUGAAGGGUUGGGGAUCGAACGCCUCAUACAGCAGAUGAUGAGUAAAGAGAUCCUAUACGAACCCCUUACGGAGUUAGCAGAACGCUACCCAGCCUACCUCCGUUCCCACCCCCACCUCCCACCCACAGACCGAGCAGCGUACGAAGCCCAGCUCGUAGCUGUCCGCGAAUUGCUGGCUGUCUUCGACAUGGAGGGGUAUGAGGAUAAGGACCCGGAGUGGAGUGUGAGGGUCGUUCAGGGGAUGAAUAAGCUACAAGAACUCGGAAACCCGCCAAAGGAGAUCAUGGGUGAUAUACCCGAUUUCUCAGUUUUAGGGACGGGGAUGGACGGGCUUUCGGGGGAGGAGGGGCAGUGUCUGAUCUGCUGA